AUGCCGGUAACGGCCAGCGACCAGAAUCCCACCACGGUCAAUCCAUCGACACCGCCAACCUGCACAGGAACACCACCACCGCUCAGCACCCUAGCCGCGGGCGCGGAUGCGGAUGCGGAUGCAGAUGCCGACUCGUGCGACUCGUUCAAUCACCCGCCCGACCAAGACGACCAGGACGACCAGGACAAGCCGGGACUGUCGCUGACGGACCGUGACGUCGCCGAUCUCCGGGACCAGCUUACACGGGCCUCGGCUGCGGGGCUCGCGCCCAACCACCAGCACCACGCCGAAGCGGCCGCCCUCGACGCUCGUCUCAACAACGACCAGCCACACCUGCUCGCAGACCUUGUCGACGCGUUUGAAGAGUCCUUGUACUACGAUGCAUCUACAAUGGCCGGCCUGAAUUCCUUCUCCUCGGUAUGUUUCCAAAUGUAUCCCUGCGUCAUGGCCCUCGCUCACCCCCUCGGCCAGGCUGCCCUCAACCGCCUCCGGGCGUACAGGCCGCCUCCCCUCCCGCUAUGGGACGCCCUGCCUGCCCGGAAGCGCGCCGCCGUCCUGGUCCUUCUGUACGCGGACCGCUGGGGCGACUUGCGCGUCGUUAUUACCAUGCGGGCCGCGAGCCUGAGGAGCUUCUCGGGCCAUGCCGCGCUUCCGGGGGGCAAGGCCGACAGCCUGGAAGAGACACCUUACCAAAUCGCCCGCCGGGAGGCCUUUGAGGAGAUCGGCCUGCCGAUGGAUGACCUCCGCCUGCCCAGGCCGUUCCGCAUCGAGCCGCUGUGCAGCCUGCCCCCCUCGCUGGCGAGGACGCACCUCGUCGUCACGCCGUGCGUCGCCUUCCUCCACGCCGACGACAGGGCGCACCCCGGCUCGCCUGGCCCGCUGGUCGAGGAGUCCCUGAUCCCGAGGCUGGACGCGCGCGAGGUCGCCGCCGUGUUCAGCGCCCCGUUCUACAACUUCCUCAAGGCGACCGACUUGCCGCCCCGGCCGGGGCAGGAGCUGCCCCCCGGGACGUGGUACGACGGCGCGUGGAUGUCGUGGAAGGACUUGCCGUGGCGGGUGCACAACUUCUACGUGCCCGUCAACAACCAGCGGGUCGCGAAGCCGAGGAGGGCGAGCGCGCACGGCAACAUGGGCGAGGCGCUCGAGGCGCAGCAGGAGCAGGAGGGGAGGUUCAAGGUAUGGGGCAUGACGGGGAGGCUGCUGGUGGAUGCGGCUAGGAUUGCAUAUGGGGAGGACCCCGAGAUUGAGCAUAAUGAUACGUAUGGCGAUUAUGACAUUAUUCUGAGGGCGGAGGAGGAGGGCGUCUUCAACGAGGUGGGGGAGGUGAAGAAGGGCAGCAACGAACCGGCCAAGAUGUGA